AUGAAAGUGGACGGAAGGUUGGAGCACGCCGAACUCCCGGCGCGCACUCGUCACCCAACUAUAAUUGCACCGAACCACCCGAUGACCAGGUUAAUCAUAGAAGAUUGUCACCAAAAAGUGCGGCACUCCGGCGUUGAGCACACCUUAAGCAUCUUGCGCGAGCAAUAUUAUCUCCCCCAGGGUCGCAGGGCCAUCCGUCGGGCAUUGAGAAAAUGUGUCAAGUGCAAGCUCUUACGUUCCCUGCCCCAAGCACCGAAAAUGGCAAGCCUACCAAAAGAACGUCUUCAGGCUUUCCUUCGCGUUUUUACAAAUGUCGGCCUCGAUUGUUUUGGGCCAUUCCAGGUCGUAAUCGGAAGGCGAUCAGUUAAAAGAUAUGGCCUUCUUAUCACCUGCCUUUCCUCUCGUGCGGUGCACCUGGAGGUCCUCGACUCAAUGGAUGCUGAUUCCUUCAUCAUGGCCCUUCGCCGGUUCAUUUCCCUCCGCGGCAGUCCAGCCGUCGUAUAUUCGGACAACGGCACGAAUCUGAAGGCAGGCGGCAAGGAGCUCGCCGAAGGAAUCAAAAACUUAAACUCUAUUCGCGUAUCAGGAGAAAUGGCGGACCGUGGAAUUGACUGGCGGUACCCGCCACCAACCGGCUCACACUACGGCGGAAUUUGGGAGCGGCUAAUUGGCUCCAGCAAGGCAGCAUUGCGUGCCAUUCUCGAGACCCGCUCAGUUAACGACGAAGUGCUGCGCACCGUGUUUGCCGAAGUUGCGUCGCUCUUAAACAGCCGACCCCUCACCCAUGUUCAAACGGACCCGAAUGAGCCCGAGCCGCUGACCGCGAAUCAUUUUAUGCUUGGUGGACCGCACCCUCAUCGUGAACCCGAUCGAGAAGAAGCAUUUGACGGACUAACGAGGCGUCGCUGGAAGCAGGCCCAGUUUAUCGUCGACCAGUUCUGGCGACGAUGGAUGAGAGAAUAUCUUCCCAGUCUCAUCGAGCGCAAGAAAUGGGAAAAAUCAGUUCGUCCUCUUUUAGUCGGCGACAAGGUCCUAAUAAUGGACGAGAACAACAAGCGAGGAGAAUGGUUAAUGGGCUCGAUCGUGGCCGUUCACCCGAGCCACGACGGAGUCGUGCGGAAAGCAACAGUCAAAACGGCUAAUUCUGUGUUAAUCCGACCCACUGUUAAACUCUGUUAUAUUUCAGGUCAGCGCCUGGAGUAA